GUGUGUGUGUGUGUGUGUCUGCGCGCCGGAUUCCCAUCACAACCAAGAUGGCGGCGGAGCGGACAGCCGGCGCGGCUCACUGACUGGCAGACUGAAGGUUCGGUCGGACGCCUGACGGUUAGACUCUUGGGAGAGCGGGAGAAACACAACAAGAAGAGCCGCACAGGUCAGCCCUCGCAUCUCCGGUACCGACUGCGCUGUGAUGAAACAACACCGGUAGACGACAGCGGCCGAAGUUGUGCGUGUGGAGGACUAAUUUGACGUCCACAGAGCGGCGCAGUUGGCGGGGAUGGGAGAUGAUGGAGGACAAAGGCCCUCGUGUAGCCGACUACUUUGUGGUGGCCGGUUUGACGGACCCGUCCAAGCCACUGGACCAGGAGAUCCACUUUGAUGAUGCCUGCCACAAGACAGCCAAGCCAAAGGCGCCCAUCACUGAUGUGGCGGUGGUGAUUCGCUCCAUGGGAGAGGAGGUGCCACCAGGGUUCAGUUGCAUAGAGGAGACACCCACUGGCCAUUCGGCUGAUCUUAACAAUGGUGGCCUCAUGGCGCCGCAGAUCUUCCUGUGCUACCGACGGGGUCGCGACAAGCCGCCGCUCACUGACCUGGGCGUGCUGUAUGAGUGGAAGGAGCGUCUGAAGCAGGGCUGCCACCUCAUCCAGACCACACCCUCCGGUCGUCCGGCCAACAUCAGCGGCAAUUCCUCCCAGCGCAUCUACAUCACCUACCGCCGGGCGCCCGAGAGCCAGCUGCACACCGCCCUGGCCGUCACCGACAUCUGCAUCAUCAUCCCGAGCAAGGGGGAGACGCCGCCGCACACCUUCUGCAAGGUGGAGAAGAAUCUCAACAGCAGCAUGUGGGGCUCCUCUGUCUAUCUGUGUUAUAAGAAGUCUGUGGCCAAAACCAACACAAUAGCCUACAAAGCAGGUUUAUUCAGCAGAUACCCAGAGGAGGACUACGAGUCUUUCCCUCUGCCAGAGUCUGUCCCUCUCUUCUGCCUCCCCAUGGGGGCCACCAUCGAGUGCUGGCCAGCCAACACCAAAUACUCCCUCCCUGUUUUUUCCACUUUUGUCCUCACUGGAGCCUCUGGAGAGAAGGUGUACGGUGCUGCCAUUCAGUUCUAUGAGACCUACCCACAGGAGUGUCUGACUGAUCAGCAGCGCUCCCAGCUGGGACUCCUGAACCCGGGUCCUCACAAACCCUCUUCCAACGCUACGGUGACGGCCACCAGCAGCGCCACGCCCCCUCGCUCAGUCUACACCAACAAGUGCAUCUGUCUGCUCUCCCACUGGCCCUUCUUUGACGCUUUCCGCAAGUUCCUCACUUUCCUUUAUCGCUACUCCAUCUCCGGCCCUCACGCUCUGCCCAUCGAGAAGCACAUCUCUCAUUUCAUGCACAAAGUUCCCUUCCCUUCCUCUCAGAGGCCUCGCAUCCUGGUGCAGCUUUCCCCUCAUGACAGCUUGAUGUUGAGCCAGCCAGUGUCUUCUCCUUUACCGCUCAGUGGUGGUCGGUUUUCCACGCUGCUUCAGAACCUCGGACCAGAGAACGCCGUCACCUUGCUGGUGUUUGCUGUCACCGAACACAAGAUCCUGGUCCACUCGUUGAGACCAGCUGUGCUGACCAGCGUCACUGAAGCUCUGGUGUCUAUGAUCUUCCCGUUCCACUGGCCGUGCCCGUAUAUUCCUCUGUGCCCCCUGGCAUUGGCCGACGUGUUGAGCGCCCCCUGUCCAUUCAUUGUGGGAGUGGACUCCCGCUACUUUGAUCUGUACGACCCCCCACCAGACGUGAGCUGCGUUGACCUGGACACAAACACCAUCUUCCACAAUGAAGAUAAGCGAGCCCUCACAUGGAAGAUCCUGCCAAAGAAAGCCUGUAAAAACCUCAUGAAUGUGCUGAGCAGCCUCUACCAGCAGCUGGUUGACGGGCAGUACCGGCCCGACGGGCUGCUGGAGCUGAGCAUGAGUGAUACGUCAGAGCUGAGCUGUGGGAAGAGCCUCCACACGCUGGAGCUGGAGAUCCAGGAAACCUUCCUGCGCUUUAUGGCAGCCAUUUUGAAAGGCUACCGCUCAUUCUUACGACCUAUCACCCAGGCACCCUCUGAGAAAGCCACAGAUGCCAGCUCGCUUUUUGACCUGCAAGGCUUCUUGAAGAGCCGCGACCGCUCGCACCAAAAGUUCUACUCGCUGAUGACCAAAACCCAGAUGUUCAUCCGCUUCAUUGAGGAAUGCUCCUUCGUCAGCGACAAAGACGCCAGUCUGGCCUUCUUUGAUGACUGUGUGGACAAACUCUACAAUUCAGAGCGGAGUGCAGAGAGAGCAGGCAAGGUGGACAGCGACAGGCCGGAGGAGACCAGGCUGAUAGAGAUUGAUGAAUCCCAGCGCAGUGAGCACACAGUCUUUAUCACACCUCCAGAGCUGCCUCCUCUGCCUGAGGGGGAGGAACAUCCUCUGUGCUACAGGUACGAUGGUUUCCCGGUGUUAAGUCUUGACCUGUUUGACCCCGUGGAGGGCCUGCGGACCCCCUCCUCCCGCCUCGCUGCCAGGCACAGCUGUCCCACCAGCCCUGCCCCCAUGUUUAGACGCACCAAGCAGGAGAUCAAGUCAGCCCAGAAGAUAGCAAAGAAGUACUCCUCCAUCCCCCAGCUGUGGUCCAAGUGCCUGCUCCGUCACUGCUACGGCCUGUGGUUCAUCUGUCUGCCAGCGUACGUGAAGGUGUGCCACUCCAAGGUGCGGGCACUUCGCACCGCCUACGACGUCCUCAGGAAGAUGCAGGCGAAGAAGCUGCAGCCCCCUGACGAGGUCUGCUACCGGGUGCUGAUGCAGCUCUGUGGGCAGUACGGCCAGCCUGUUCUGGCUGUCAGGGUCCUCUUUGAGAUGAAAAAGGCCGGAGUCCACCCCAAUGCCAUUACUUAUGGCUACUACAACAAGGCGGUGUUGGAGAGCACGUGGCCCUCCAGCACCAGGGGAGGUUACUUCCUGUGGAUGAAGCUGAGGAACGUCGUUCUCGGGGUGGCGCAGUUCCGACGGGCGCUACGACGGCACGCUCCCCUCACCCAGAGCCCCCUGUCAGAUGGCAGCGACCUGGACGCUGUGAGUCACGGCAGCCUGGAUAGCUCUGCCGACACUAACCUGGCCGACUCCGUCAAAGUAGACCCCACUGAUGAUAGAUCUAGCACAGGAGAUCAAUCAGAUUUGGGUUAUAACUCGCUGUCCAAAGAGGAGGUUCGGAGAGGAGACCCCGGUGCACAGGACUCUGCCCCCGACAAAGACGACAAGAAGGAGAGCGACUGCAGCUCCUUGUCAGAGACAGAGAGCGCCAAAGGAAGCAAAGACUGCCUCCCUCAGCUGGACACGGAGGUCCACUCGUCCUUCAGAUCCCGAGGCAUUGUUCGCGGCAGUUGUCCGUACGACGAUUCAUCCUGUAAGCCGAAGAGCUCCAACAGCGCAGGCCAUGUUGCAGGGCUCCUCUUCACUUCCUCCCUGGAUGAGAUCGGUGAGAUCCAGAACAACAGUUUGCUCAGGAGACAUAAGAGCGCUCUGGAGGAGGUGGUGAGCAGCGUCAGCAGCGGCUCGACUCUUGACUGGCAGGGCGUGAGGGGCCGCCGGCUGAGCGGCGACACCGUGGGCAGCGGCGGCAGCGGCACCACUGUCCUUGGUCUUGGUAUGAGCCAGGGUGAGAUGGACCCAGAUAAGAUCGCAGGACACCUCGGUGCAGAUGUCAAAAUUCUCUCUGGUGCCAACUUCAGUAAGCAUCAGAGGCCUCGUUCGCUGGCUCUGGGUGGGUUGGAGGGGACGGCUGCUAAGGCAGGCACUGCCAGAAGUUGUGAUCACAAGGAGGAGGAAGAGGAGACAGAGGUGCAGGACUCUAGUGAUGAGGACAGAAGUAAUACAGAGGCCAUUUUUGAUUUGGAGGAUCUGGAUUUAGACAAACCUGCCAGCAUGGUCAGCUCUCACAGAACCAACAGAUCUCAUAAGAAGCCUGUUGAACGCAGUGCGAGCUACAGUGGCACAAACACUGAGACGCCCAGAGGAGCUGUGAAGCGCACAGGCAUUGAGACGGGCUACGACCCCCUGUCCCUGCUGGCAGCAGAGUCACAGUCGGAGCAGGGAGGCGAGGUUCGGUACUCAGAGGGGGAUGAGGCCAGCACGCCGAGUGCCCGUAGGCACCUGGCCAGGGAGAUAGAGCUCUAUAUGAACCACAUGGGCAGCCCGCUGAGCAGCCGCACACCUAGUCUGGACCUGCAGGACCCGGCUAGCCCCCUCCUCCUCCACCCCUCCUCACUCUCUGGCCCCCGCCGUGCCAGCCUGCCCUACAGCUCCCCUCUCAAGACGGAUGGAGUACCACGCUCCCGCACAUUCCACCCGCCCUCGCCCUCUGAAACCAUCUCACGCCAACGUCUGUGGUCGUCGCCUCCCUGUCGCAGCUCCAGCACCACCCCCAGCCCCAGCCCUCGACCCAGCCCGUACAGGGAGAGGACAGACAGGAUGAGUCUGGCGUCUCCUUCACCCUCCUCCUCCUCUUUCGCUCUGGACACUCUGCUCACACCAACGCUCGAUGUCUUCAAGACGAGUGUGGUCUCUGCGGGGAAGGGCGUGGCGGAGAAGGCGAGCCGCUGGUACUCCCGUUUGGCCACGUACACCACACCUACCAAGGAUGGCCACAGUGACCGCCUGAGUGUGUCCUCCCUCGGUGUUGGAGAUCCAGACUGCUCCUCCCUGCUGGAUGAGGAGGACUGUGGGGAGUCGGAGAGCUCUGUGAUCUCUCCGCAGAGGAACGGCCCCACGGGGCCCCGCAGGAGCCCCAGACGCAGCCCCCUCCGCAGCACUCUGGAGAGCCCCACCGUGGCCUCCAGCCUUGGGAGACCCACAUCCCUGCUGCCUGGAUGCGUCCUUGCACCUCCUGGCUUCCCUCUGCCGGACAAGUCAGACCUCAGCUCGUCGCGUUACACCAGCAACACCAGCAUCUUCAACAACUACGCCAUGGAGCUGCUGAUCUCCAGCUGUUCUCGCUGUAAGACGUGUGACUGCCUGGUGUACGACGAGGAGAUCAUGGCCGGCUGGACGGCAGACGACUCCAACCUGAACACCACCUGCCCCUUCUGUGGAAACCCCUUCCUGCCCUUCCUCAACGUGGAGAUCAGGGACAUGCGAGGAGCCGGCAGGCUCUUCCUGAAGGGCAGCCCGUCGGUGGAUGAGGCCACGACCUCAUCGUACUCGGCCUCCACGGGUUUGGACACGGGGACGUCCACCUUGUCCACGCCCUGUCCUACGACGGCCGUCUCCCCUCCGUCCCCUGUGGUUGGUGUCCAGGAGUGUUCAGGGAGUGGAAGGACUCGAUCAACCAGGACUCCAGGUAUCAACAUCCGGUCAGACCGCCGGCAGGGGGCGCUGUCGUCCGGUGCGCCCAUGGCCCGCAGCGUCAGCGCCUUCGGUCCUCUGGAGGAAGCAUCGCGACUCGACCGCUGCGUGCCGACGUCGGGCAGCCUGCCCAGCCGCCUCAACGAAGCCACGGACCCACUGAGCAUGGACUGGCGGCUCCACAACCCGGAGCCAGUGACGGUUCCCUACCUGAGCCCGCUGGUGCUGUGGAAGGAGCUGGAGAGUCUGUUGGAGAACGAAGGUGACCCCGUGAUCACGGAGGCCGACAUGGUGGACCAUCAUCCCAUCAUCUUCUGGAACCUGGUCUGGUACUUCAGGAGGCUGGACCUGCCCAGCAACCUGCCCGGCCUCAUCCUCACAUCCGAGCACUGCAACAGAGACUCCCAGGUUCCUCGCCACUGGAUGUCGGAGGACAGUAAACACGUGUUGAUCCAGAUCCUGUGGGACAACCUCAAGCUGCACCAGGACCCGGUCCAGCCUCUCUACAUCCUCUGGAACACAUACAAUGUGGGUUACCCUCCCUCCCGGCCGCUCUCGGAGGAGGAGAAGCCGCUCAGCGAGGAGUUACUGCAGGGCGUCGUGAAGAGCAUCCAGAGGAACGACGUCAGCCGGCCGAUGGCUCAGCUGCUGCAGCUGCUCGGCCAGACGCUCGGCGUGAGAAGGCAAAGGAGUUUGUACCGGGACAUCCUCUUCCUCUCUCUGGUGGCUCUCGGAAAAGAUAACAUCGAUAUCGACGCCUUCGAUCGUGAGUACAAGCUGGCGUACGACCGGCUGGUGCCGAGCCUGGUGAAGCUGACCCAUAACUGUGACCGUCCUCCCAGCACGGGGGUGAUGGAGUGCCGCAGGACGUUUGGAGAGCCUUACCUGUGAACGCUCACCUCCACACAGUGGGAGUCGCUCGCACCACACACUUCAUUGCUUUAAGACACGCUCAGGAACCCGGUGGGAUGACUGUGAACGUGCACUACGGUGACGUUAAACUGUGCCAGAGCUCCGACAGGUGGGACAGUUGAUGGCGGCCAUCGUCUCGUAGCAUCAAACCCCCCCCCAAAAACAAAACAAAACGUACUUAUUCUCAGCUGAGUGAUGAUGGAAACACACUCACAACGUUCAUAAACACAACUUCAUCCGGUGUCGAGUGACUCGCCUGGUUUCUUUAGAAGUCCUGUGAAAAAUGUAUUCUGUACGUACACGGCAGUAGAGGAUUUUUUUAAAAAAAGCAGCAUUUAUAUUGUAUAGACAUACAGCAUAUGAAGACUUAUGUUAGUAAUAUUUUAACUUGAGGUGUAUUUAUACAAAGCAGGCUUUAUUUAUUGUAGUGUCCUCCGUUUGUCUCGUCGUGUCACGUGUCCGCUGUUGUCUCCUCGCAGUUUAAACCAGCGCGACCCGAACGCUGCCUGCUGCAGUGUGGACUUGAUGCUUGUCCUCAGUGACGCCUGGUGUCUCUGCUUUAUGAUCGGGGGCAUCAGAAAGAGACCUUUAAAUUAGAGCUGCAGUCUGUUCGCUGUAAAAUAAUCGACCAGGUCACUGAUUUAUCAUUUCAGUCGUUAUUCAGUCAAAAGUCCACCUGUGAGCCCGGUACGGUUUGGUUUUUUGGGCCGUUUGUCAGAUAAAACAAACACAUGACAAAGACAUGACAUGUUUCAGUUAAUGAACUGACAAAGUGAUCAGCAGAUUAACCAUUACUGAAAGUGUUUCCUUGCAGCUCUAAUUUAAGUGCUUUUAAACUGCCUCUAAUGUCCGAAUAUAAAUGUCCACUUUGAUGUCAGGCUACAUUAGUGCUCUACAUUUCAUAUAAUUUUAACAUCAUUUCUGUUUACACAACAUUUUAGAAUUUUAAAUAUUUCUUCAUCUUAUGAACAAUAAUAAGUGUAGCGCUGCGCUGUUCGUCAAUCCCACCGUUACUGUUGGGAUGAAGUGAUCAUAAGUUUACAUGAAUUUGAAUAUGAGACUGGGAGAGAAGUCACUGCUGUGUGCUGCUCUGAGAGAAAGGACAAAGCCAGAUGAGAUGCCAGCACGGUCACUUUUCUGGAGGCUCACAGUGAACAAACUUGGGUACUUAAACUGCAUCAUCUGGAGGUAAAACACGAUUUGUUGGUAAUCCCUCAAUGCACAGGAACGGUGUGCAGGAAGACGUUCGGAGCAUUCCGGUAUCCGAAUCGGUUCAGCCAGCUAAAUGAUUUACAAGUGGGCGGGGCUAAUCAAAAGGUGUUCAUUUAAGCCUCAAAUUGACAGGUUGAUCAGAAGGUGCUGUAUUUAUCAACCGUAAGAAAACCAUUUAUGGAACGACAUCAGACCUGAGCUGCAGAUCAAAGUGUUUGACAGAGCACACAUUUUACUCAGAUGAUGCUAAAAAAAAAAAAGAAAAAGUUAAAAGUACAUUUCAGGAGAAAAGAAAAGCUUUGGACUGUCACUAAUUAUUUAGGCACAUCAACAUAUCUGUGGUACAAGCUGCUAACGCAGCCGCAUACUGAAUGUUCAUGCAGUCACCGGUUGACACUGAUGAGUGAUUUAAAUCUCAGGACCAGAUCAAAUGAAGGGUACAAACUCCAGCCAUGAGUGCUGAUGAGCUCUGAAUCAUUUCUGAGACUGAAGGUGACUUCUUUUCUGGUUGUUUUUGGUUUGUUUUUAUUGUCAAAUGUCUGAAGUUCUGUCAAAAGCUCACAGUGCAGCUUUGGGAAAAUGUUUAAGUUUAAAUCAGUUUCUGUUGUGUGAAAGUCACACAGCAGUUUUACCUUCAUUGUAUCAAAUUAAAACCAAAAAGAAAUCCUAAUGAUGCAGUAACAGCUGGUGGGAAGGCAUUUGUUCUAUCAGUGGGUGUUUGAGCUGCAUUGAAGCCCACUAAAGCAAAAACCUCGAGCUCAUGUCCAGUCCUGUACCCUCAUGCACCACAAGUGCAGAUAUGGCAAAAGGGUCGGGUUGUGCCAACUCAUUCAGAACCUUUCCCGGUUCAAGUCAUGGACUUUCUUGUUCUAAAAUUCAUGUGAAAACUUCUAUAAAUUCAUGGGACCUUGCACAAUCCUACAGCGCCAACCCAAAUACAUUUUUAGCUAUGAAUUUUUGGUGCGUGCAUUUUGAGGCUCUCCAGUGACUUAUUUUGAACUGGAUGGCGUUGAAAUUUGUGAUGAACAUCCAAGAAACCCUGAAAAUACUUUGCAAAAUCUAAAAAAGUAUUUUUUUUUCUACCCAAACGAAGAAUCUUUAAUGUUCAAACAUUAAUAUCACGAGUUUUUAAUUUGUUGCAACCACAUUUUGAUUCUUCAUGGAAAAACCAGAAGUCUUGUUAAAUGUAGUUGAAAAACACGUGUGAUAUUUUGGCUGUGCGUUUCCUUAAGAAGGAUUAUUUUAAUUUUCCUGAAUUCUUUGUGAGACAAUGUUAAUAUUAUUUGAAAAUUGCUAAAUCUUCAUACUUUUCAGUGGCUGUACUGUUAGUUUGUGCUACGUUGCCUUCAGGGUUUUCUGCCUUCGUUAUCUAUUCAGGGAUCAAGAAAUUUGUUGACUUGUGAUGUCUUGGUUGCACACUAGCUAACUGUGUCUGAACAAAAUGUCAGUCUGAGUUCCUGAGUUAAAUUUAAGAAAAUCCAUGACGUGAACUUGGAGGACUUUGGUCGGUUUGUGUGUGACCCACAAUUUAAACCACAUCAGUUUUGUGAUUUUAUUUUUUCUCAAACUAUUGAAGCAAUUUUGUCACUGGGAAACAGUGAAAAACAAUGCGGAAAACAAACUAAAACAAGAAGAGAGCGCAGCUCUGUGUGUUAAAAUGUCCUCUGAGGGGAUGGACUUCGGUUCCAAGUGAUACAUUAUUUUUUCACAUGCACUUUUGUUUGCUUAAGUACAGAAAGUAAAUCAGGACUUUAGUAUUGGAAAUGCAAAUCAAAAAGUCAUCUUUGUGUGUAACUUUGUAUUCUGAAUGUUUUCAUGCUUCACUUUGUCAAUGUGUUGAAAGAUUUUUCCUGUGGACACACUAAGUACAUCAACUUCACUGCAGAAUGUCGUCUCCUGCAUUUCUAAAGCUAAAGUUCGGAUUUUAUUGACAUAAAAGUGACUGAGUUGGAACAUAUUUUGUCGAGGGUCAUUCGUGAGGUCGAAUCUGGAUAGAACUGGAUUUUAACUGUGGUUUUCAUGUGUGUGUUAAUCAGAAAUGGUGGCUGACACGAUGGUUGAGGGAGGACCCUAAACUCACGAGGGUCUCAUGAAUGUCAGCCAUUCGUGUCAUUUGUGGUCAGCAAGUUGCACUUUGCCCCUGGAAAGUGAACUGGCUGUGUUCAGCUUGGCAGCAGGUCCACGACAGGACACAUCGACUAACGAUGUCAGCAGCUGGGGAAGAAAAAGCUGCCCUUCAUAUGUGGACUUCUGUUGUGUUAAAAAGUUGUACAAAUGAAUGAUUUUGCAGAAUCUGGGGCCAUGUACAUUUAAACUUGGCUUUUGUAGAAAUCACAUUUUAUAACUGUUUAUCCACACAUGUGCAAAGGUCCUUUUUAGAUGUGGUGAAGCUUCUGUACAGCGAGCAGAUCUACAGACUGUUUAACUGUAAAUAAAACCACUUACACUCUCA